AUGAAGUUCCUCGGUCUCGGGGCCAUUGCCCUCCUCUCUCUCGUCCAGUUCUGCCCUGCGCCCAUCCCUCUUCCAUUCAUCGCCUCCCUUUGCGGUGGUAUUGUGUCCGGCAGUAUCUCCGGUGCCAUCGGUGCUGGUGUCGCCAAGUCGAGCAGCGGGCACAAGCGCAGCACGGACGCUACCUCUUACCCCCCGGGUGUCUCGCAGCAGUCGGUAGACCUGUGCAAGGCGCAGCUUCGCAACGCGACGGUCUACCUGAGCGGCACGCGUGAGGCCAUCCGCGCUGAGGGCGUGCCCCCGGCCUGCAUGGACCUUGCUACGGUCCUCCUCGGAACCCCCGUCUCGGGCCCCGUGCCCACGCCGCUGAGCGCCUCCAGCGUGCAGUACACCAACCUCACCGAUGACGAGAUCAACCAGCUGGCCGACGCUCUGGAGGCCCGUGGCAUUCCCAAGGCCAACUAA